UUGGAAAGUUGUAUAUAAUAUAGAAUACUACUACUACUAAUAAAGCGAUCUGGUGACGUCGUGCUAAAGAGUGGUGGAUCUAAGUAAGCAAUGUACGCAAUGUAGGAAAUGGCAUCGUUGAGAGGCUACAUUUGAAUGGUGCUCUGGAUAUUUUGCCCCAAGAAUUGGGACCAUAGAACAGCUUUAUCGAUCCUCCAUUUCGAACAUCUGUCCAGUAAGAAUACAGUCCCAAGUUUACCCCCCUCCACCCCAGACUUUUGACAGUUUAGUUGCCGCAGGUCCUUGGAGACUUCCGAUUGUUCGUCUCAUUCUCCUCUAUCACUGGCUAACUCUCUUUAGGGAGGAAAUGAUGAUUCCAUGAUGAUUUCAUGAUAGGGCGAGUAGAAAUUUGAAAGCGAGUAAAUCCUCCUCCUAAAAACACAUGAAGGGAAGUGUGUACAAGUUCGAUAUUAAGAUUGACAAUAUAUAAUCCCCCCUUUAUAGUAUACAUCCCUAUGCAUUACCCAAGCAAGCUAUUCGCAUCUCUGGCCCUAAUCGUGCAAGAAUUCUUGAAUAUCCUUAUCCUCAUCGUCCUCUUGUUGUUGUUUUCUUAACAUCUCCUCCUGUUCCAAAAUCUUCCUGAUUGCCUGUCUUUGCUUCUUGCGUGCCUUGCCGCCCCAUUUGACAUCACUCGAGGUGGCCUUGGCAUCCCCCUCGCUGUCGGUAUCCUCGGUACACUUGGCCGAACCUCUAAAGGAAUUUGCGCCAACAUGCUUUUCCUUUUCCUUCUGUUCCGCAUGUUCAGCUCUGGCUUUGGCAUAUUCUGUCUCUUGUUUCUUCGCGCCAAGGUUGAUGAAAUAUGGCCGAAUGAGAAGGUAUGCUCCAACCACUGCGACGAUUCGAAUCCAUUUUUGAAGUUCCAUAUCUUUCAUUUGUGCGAAAGCUCCUGUUGUGUUUCGGUAGAAAUUGGCAGCUCCCAUUUCUAUGAGAUUGGUGAUAAAUUCCGCCAUGUUUCUUGAGGAUUGACGGUGAUUCGAAUGAUCUAGUACGGUGUUGUUUGAGGACUGAAUUUGGAGAGAUGAAUGAUGCGGUCAGUAAAUAAUGGGGUUUCAAGGAAAGUCGGUGGGUGUGUAUGGGAGAUUAUUUAAGACGAAUUGGAUUAUAUCAUACAGUAGAAUGAUGUAAAACUUGAGACACGGUGUAACCUUGAGAUAGAUUUGGAGAUCCCUGAACGAGAAGGGAAGAGAAUGUAAAAUGUGUCUUUUUGAAGAAAUUAAUGACAGCGCAGUGAAAUUGAGGGAAAUGGGAAUAUUAAUGUGGAUUCUAGAAUUUUUAGUUCCAGGGGCCGUCGAGGUACUAAGGGUCCCGGCUUGACUGCGGUAAACGCGUUAUCUCAGAUAAGUUAACGCGACAAGUGAUUUUUCAAUUGAUCGGGAGACAGAAGAUAGAAAGGUGAUUCUCGAGCUAUUGACAUUUUGACCUCGUUACUUGACUUUACCACCUACGAUACCGCAUUAUCUCUGCAAAGAUGCCUCAGAUCGAUGAUGAGCUCCAUGAACGACUCAAAGCAGCACUUUGGUUUUCAAUUGGAAAGAUUGUGGAAGAAGAAGCCGUGCGACUCAAUUCAAAUGCUACGAAUCAAUUCAUAGGAGCAUUGACUGAGAUGGUAUGGCAUCAAAUAGAGAACGUAACGAUGGAUCUCGAAAGUUUCUCCCGACACGCUGGACGAUCAACCAUCACAACCGACGAUGUGUUACUCGUUACAAGAAGGAAUGAUGCGUUACACGAUAUAAUCAAGGAUUUUGUCGACCAAGAGAAAGCGAAAUCUACCAAUGAAAAUGGAAAAGGUCGCACAAAGACCAAAUGAUGAGUCGCUUUUCCAACCUUUUCCAACCGUUAUAAGAUACCAAGAUCAAGAUACCCAGGAAGGCGGCGUUAGGAGUUACGAAUAUCAUCAUCUCGCAGAAUACCUAGUUGACAAUCCAAAUUGACACAUUCGACAUCACUGCCAAGAUGGAUCCCUUUCCCUCUCAAUAUAUUGAGUUAGUGACGUGUGUUGUGUGGUGCUCGAAUCGUUUGUUCACAUUCAGCUGCCCAUCAAGGUUUCCCGCACCAACCCCCGCAUGAAUGGAACAAGGGAAUAUUGGUCCCGUACAGAACAUGCGAUGAUCUAGCGUAAGAC